AUGUCCUUUCUCUUUCUUUGUUCUUUUUUAUACAAGCUCGUUCUCCAUUCCAUUGGUCUUUUUUUUAAGGCCAAUGUCGACAGGGCAAGAACCGAAUCUAGAUUUCUUUAUUGCCUGAUGGCCCAUAGUAUCUUACAAGGAGGAUACAAACAUCCAGUUAACGCCAUUUUGCCUUUGUUUACAAGAUGGUAUGUAAGGCUGAAAGAAGAAGCAUGGUUGUUUAGAUACAAGAACGAUAGCCGGUUGUUAGUUAGAAGUCUCCAUGAUAAAUUCGAUUGUGAAAAGUUAGUUGAAUCAAUAUCCGCCCUUGGAUCGAAAAAUAAGAAAGAGCCACAUCGUGAAAACGAUGUGGCGCUAGAACUCGCAAAAGAUGACAAUGACUCCAAGAUCAUCAACGAUAUGGGGAAACUGAUCCGGGAGGGAAAGGACAACUAUGACAUGAUUUUGAAUAUCUUGAAUCAUGGUGAUUCUGACUUUUCUACGUGGACAAUUCAACUUUCUGGAACUACAUGCCAGCUUUCCACAAUCCACUUGGCCAGUAGCGGUUUGUACGUUGUGUUACCAAGAUAUCAUUUCAGCCUUCCCAGCUCUAUCCACUAA